AUGGGCCUCAACGUUCCAGGGCUGGUGGUAAUGGUUUUCUUCUACCUGCUGGUACUGGGCACUGGAAUCUGGGCCGCCAUGAAGUCAAAACGGCUGCAUGACAGCAGCCAGGCCGACCAAACAGAAAUGACUCUGUUGGGGAACCGAGGGAUCAGCAUGGUGGUGGGAGUCUUCACCAUGACAGCAACAUUUGUAGGUGGGGGCUUCAUCGUUGGUAUGACAGAGGCAGUGUAUACUCCAACCAUGGGACUGACCUGGGCUGUAAUGCCAGCUACAGCAGCCCUGUCUUUCAUUGUUGGUGGGCUGUUCUUUGCUAAGACAAUGAGGGAAAGAAAAUAUGUGACAAUGAUGGAUCCGUUGCAGAUUAAGUACGGAAAUGUAUUAAGUGGAGUUCUGUCCGUGGUACUGCUGAUAGCUGAUAUACUCUGGGUUACAGGAACUCUUAUUGGCCUGGGUGCAACAAUGAGUGUAAUCCUAGAUUUGUCCUACACGCUGUGCAUUUGGAUCUCUGCUGCGGUAGCCAUCAUCUACACACUGCUGGGGGGCCUGUACUCUGUAGCCUACACAGACGUCAUACAGCUGACCCUCAUAUUCUUAAGCUUGUGGCUAUGUGUCCCCUUCAUCCUGAUGAACCCCUAUUCAGCUGAUAUAACCAGGACUGCUUUCAACUUUACCUACCAAGCCCCUUGGGUUGGUUCAGUGGGUAAAGAAAACAUGUGGAGGUGGAUUGAUAAUUUCUUAAUAUUGGCUCUUGGUAACCUGGGAUAUCAGGACUUUCACCAGAGGACCCUGUCAGCCUCCUCAUCAGCCACAGCCAGGAUCACUUGCUUCAUUGCAGCUCCACUCGUCUUCAUACUCGGCGUUCCAUCUGUGUUGAUCGGAGCAGUCGCAGCAUCAACAGACUGGAACAUGACCAUGUACGGCUCCCCAUCCCCAUACGAGCGUGGAGAGGCGGGUCUGAUUCUGCCCAUUGCUCUGCAGAACCUCAGUCCACCCUACAUCUCCAUCAUUGGUAUUGGAGCUAUAGCUGCUGCUGUGAUGUCAUCAACAGACUCUGCUUUAUUGUCAGCCAGUACUAUCUUCACAUCCAACAUCUAUAAAAACAUCUUGAGGACCAAGGCAUCAGACAGGGAGCUCCAGUGGGUGAUCCGCAUCACUGUUGUGUUGGUGGGCUUGGCUGGCACAUCUCUCACCUUCUUACAGAACAGCAUUAUGCUUUUGUGGAUCCUGGGCUCUGACAUAACCUACACUAUAAUGUUCCCUCAACUUGUCUGCGUCCUCUUUUUCAACAUAAGUAAUGGCUAUGGCUCCAUUAUGGGCUUGUUACUUGGACUGUUUUUGAGAGCUCUCAGCGGCGAGCCAUCCAUAGGGUUGCCUGCUGUUCUACAUUUCCCAGGUUGCGUCCUGGAGGACGGCAAAUAUGUCCAGUGUGCUCCUGUUCGGACUAUCUACAUGCUAUCUUCCAUCUUUGCCACUGUAUUGUUCUCCUACCUGGUCUCAGCACUCUUCAAUAGAGGACUUGUUCCUGAGAAGUGGGAUAUAUAUAAAGUGAAAACACACAAACCAAGGCAACAUCCAAUAUUACUGAGUAAUGGCAGCAAAAGAAUAGAAAAACCUGAUGAUCAGAAUGUCAAUGAGUUGAUGUUAAAAGAGAUAAAUUAGCACCACUGAAAGAAAAAAAAGGUUGAUGGGUUUCUGAUAUGUUUGUUGUUGAGCGUUGUCAUCAUUUCUCUAUUUUUUCAUACAAGUCUGAAUCAUAAAUGAUUCUAGGCCAUGACAUGGUGUAAGACUUCAUCAGAAGGGUGCUAGUUAAAUUUUACUAUUACAUCACAUUUUUGAUGCUCUUGCUCUGUAAGUAAAAAUAAAGAAAGAUAA